AAAGUACUUUUUACAUACGGAUUACGGGUGUCGCUGUAAAUAUUUGUACCUACUCUUAGGAAAAUUAAUGGUUCUAAUUUCUAAGCUUUUUAAUUUUUUGUGUACUACCUAUUAUUUUAACGUUCAAAUCUCAUUCCAAGUUUUGUUCCUAUUUACACCCCGAUUCUUAUUUACCCCGUUUUACUGUAUUGACAAUGGGUGAUCAAUAUGAAUUCUCAACUCUGCCUCAUCACCAGCUACGAUUUUUCAAAAUAUCCAGUGGUGCUAUUGCAUUCAGUAUAAAAGGUGAAAGACAGUCGGUACACAGAAUGAGUAGUCAAAGACGCGCAGCGGUGGGGCUUGCUGUGAGACCAGGCAAAACCUGUGACUAUUGGAUUGUGAUAGCACCAAAUAAGUGUUGGUUAGAAAAGGAUGCAGCUCGUGUGGGUAACAUUAGACAAGUACCUGAUAUGGUGACUGGAAGAGAAUACAACAAGUUCUGGAUUUCCUGGCAUAAAGCUCGGUUACAAUUUGGUCGCACCAGUGAUGGAAUUCCACUCAUAUCAAAGCGAAUGCUUGUGCAAGACAUACAAUAUGUUACAUUUACUAUCUUUGGUGACAGAGGACAUUUACAAUGGAAAAUAUAUUUGCCGCCAAAACUAGAAAAACCCAUUUUGAAGAAUGUGACAGGAGGUGAAUUGAAGUGGGUGGAAGCAGAACAAAACGGUAAACUUCCUCAUGGAGCUUUGAUUGGAGGAUAUGAAAAUGAGAUACUGUAUAUAAUAAGGGCUAAACAUGAACGGUCGUUGGUCCCUGGCAAAUAUGUACCGUCUCACGGAUUAGGCUACAUUUCAUGGAUUAACAUGCCUGAGAAGAAGAAAUUUGAGGUCCUAUGUGGCUACAAUUGUAUUUGGGUACCAACAUGCAACAAAGGUAUACCACUAGGCGCAGUAGAGGGUGGAUAUGACGGAUAUAAUCGUGAAACACUUUACGUUGGCCGUGCACUUAUCGAAGAUAAUCUAAUUCCUGGAAAAGUACAAACAUCACAAGUUGCUUGUGUUGUACCUUAUAAAAUGGCAGAUGUUCCCAAAUAUGAAUAUGAAAUUUUGGUUGAUCCAAUGGUAUAUUCAAAUUCAUGCCUUCUACCUCUUACACCCCAAAUGUUAAAAAAUUGUUCAAUGUUUGAACCUAUGGAAAUAGACUCAGAGGAACAUAGUUCAGAUUCAGAAGUGUAGAAGAGGGAGAUGAACUGGCAAAAUAUAGAAAAGAGAAGAGAAAAUGACUGAAGUAAUUCACAAUGCUGGGUUUAGAAAUGAGCCCCAGGACAAGAUAGAAUUUUCAGAACACUUACAAGUAUUAGUAGCAAAAUCCACGAGUAUGAAAGAUGUGCCUUAUUCAUUACAUAUUGAAUACAAACAUACCAUUCAAACAAAAAAAGGAGUAUAGGAGACUCACAGCUUGAAUGCUCUGAGGUCUCACAGUGCGCUCGAACGCAUAGUGUAUGAGACCUCAUAGUACUGUGGUUGUUUGUGAAUACGGGUAUUAGUAUUAAAUAUAGAGAUGUAUCAGAGAAAAGCGGCAGGAGCAGAGUAUACAUCCGCGCUGUCCGCGUAUUCCUUUCGUCGUGAAUUUUUUUCAAAUUUAAGACUUCUUGGUAUUAAAUAUAAAAUAAAUAUUUUGCAAUUGUUAUUGAACUUAUGUUCAAGUGUAAAGGUUUAUAUUAAGCUGAAGUUGUUGGUAUUAUAAUAUUUUUUUACAUUAAUUCAUAAUAAAACAGUAUCUAGAUGUGUAUAAAUGUGUGCAAAACUGGCCACUUGAGCGAUGACAUGUUAUUCAUGACCUGUCACCUUUAGUACCUAAUAUUUAAUUAAUAAUAUAUCAAUGAGUUUAAUAGUAAUCAAGGUUUUGGAAAAAAUAACAUCACAAGGUUUUAUGUUGGCAAAGGUUUAUUUUGUAUAAAAAGCUGUUUGUUUAAGUAUAUCAUGUGCCAUAAAGCAUUUAUU